AUGCUGGCAUCAAUCCCCCAGAUGGAGACGGUGCGAUCGCUCCCUCGAAAUCGGGAUAUGGUUGCGCGGCAUCCAUCGGCGGAAGACUUGGACGCUGCCCAGCAGCUGAUCUCAUCUGCUCAGGCUGGUCGAGAACACCUUGUGGACCGUUCCCGUGACGAUGAUGUGGCUCGAGGCUACGAUACCUACGAUGCCUACGAGAGAAAACAUACACCUACCUACGAUGCUGAACGGCCUACACUGCCGUCGACCGAAUCCGCUUCGAACCCACUCGCAGAAAGGACAUCACCCAAGUCUCAGAAGGACACUUCCUUUCUAGGACAUUCCUGCAGUAACUGUGGAACGAAAAGCACUCCGCUAUGGCGACGAUCACCGACCGGAGCGAUGAUUUGCAAUGCCUGUGGUCUGUAUUUGAAGGCACGGAAUGUUGCCCGGCCCACAAAGCGGAAUCGUAUACAGUCCAGCACGGAACCCGUCCAACCCCAACCGACACAGCAACAGCCACCAUCGAUAGCACCCCAGCAUGAGGCACACACCCAUAGCGAAGGAGGCUGUCAUGGCUCCAAAGGAUCUUGCCCAGGUGGGGGCAACUGUAACGGCACAGGGGGUGCUGAGGGGUGUGACGGGUGCCCAGCUUACAACAACCGCGUGUACAAGUCCUCUGCCCGAGGGACUGUGCCGGUGCACGCUUGGGGUCGACCCGCCAAUCCAGAUAGCGAAAAGCCUCUGCCACCACAGGAACCGGACGUACCCGGAAAAAGUGGUGCGUCGGCCGAGGGAAACAUGUUGGUAUCGUGUCAGAAUUGUGGAACUACUGUGACCCCGCUCUGGCGACGAGACGAGAAUGGUCAUCCGAUCUGCAAUGCGUGUGGUAUGUUCCUUUGCCUUAUCUCGGGAAUCAAAACGAGCCCUGAAGCGGCUAACAUCCUUUUAGGUCUAUAUUACAAGCUCCACGGGUGCUAUCGCCCCACCACAAUGAAGAAGACCAUAAUCAAGCGGCGAAAACGCGUUGUGCCGGCGCUGCGGGAACACUCCCCGACUGCUGCCACGCAGUCGUCGAAUGGCUCUUCUGCGUCGCCAGAGGCCUCCCCAGCGACGUUGGCUCGCGUCCACGACGAUCACUACCGCUACUACAGCUCUGAGCCGGUGGAUCACUAUGGACCGAUGUCCGGAGACAGGAUUUCACCGGCCGCGCCCAAGCAAUUUGGCUUUGCACCCCCGCCUGUCGAUUUUACCGGAUUUAGUUCCGGCCCCGUCUCCUUACCGCACCAUCCCCCGCCACCAAGAUUGUUAGAGCCGGAUCGCAUCAACGCCCCAAGCCACUCUCCGGUGUCUCAGUUUGGUCGACGGUCUCUUUCGCCAAAUCCCUCGGGUAAUCCGAAGAAACGCACCCUUGCAGAAACCGCGUCAUCAGCAGAAGCGUUGUCUAUCCCGACCACUUUGGAAAACGGGUCCAACCAACUUCCUCCGAUCAUGUCUUCCGUCAAUCCUUCCCCUCCUGCCCGCCUCAGUUCUAUCUCUUCUCUCCUCAACCCCAACAGCCAUGACGAAUCGCGCCUAGAUCCCUCACUCGCUGCCCUCAGCCGCCAGCACCAUCCAUCUCACCAAGCUUCUCCUCUUGCGCCCCCUCCCUCACAGUUGCUGCCCGGUGUGUCGGAGUUCGACAACAUCAGGGAAGAGCGUCGCUUAAAGUUGCAACGAGAAGCGGAAGAGAUGAGAGAGAUGCUGCGAGCAAAGGAGCGAGAGCUAGCGGAACUAGGACAACAAUGA